AUGGCUUUUUUCAGCUUCCUCAUCCUGACCUCCCUGUGUAUUGCGGGCCGAGAGGCCCUCAGCUUAUCUGACUGCGGAGCGUACGCCAGGCGACCAGAAUACACUGAUAUUGCUGUGGUUUGCGGCACAUCGGCCAUUGACCUGGCAAUUCAGAUCUGCCCGGUUAUCUACACUGGGUACAACCAGAGUUUACUGAUCCUAAACCGCAUCAGGGACAAUAUGGACUGCCAGGGGACGCUGGACACGUCUGUGGCACCUCCUGUGGUGAGAUUCAGCUUCCCCAUCAGAGAAGGAAACGCCUGUGGGAGUACCUUCUUGACCACGAGUGCGCCAGGGACGGGAAUAUUCUCCGACUUCUCGAACAUUCAGUCGGUCAACGUCAGCGGUGUGGUCAGAUCCUUUGACCCCACCAUUGGAACGAUCACCUACAACGCAGAGCUCAAGUAUUACUAUUCAUGUGCUUAUCCUUUGGAGUAUCUCAUAAACAACACCCAGGUGGACGUGUCAUCCUCCUCCAUUGCUUUGAAGGACAACAAUGGGAGUUUCAUCAGUACCCUCAGCAUGGCCUUGUACCAGGAUAUAAAUUACACCACACCCCUUGUCAUGUCACCUCUGGGCGUCGAACUGAGAAAGAACAUCUACGUUCAGGUGGUUGCAUCCAACCUGACAUCCCAGUACUUUGUUCUUCUGGACCGCUGCUACGCUUCGGUGAAUCCGCGGCCCUCCAACUCCACCUUCUUUAAUCUCUUUGUCUCGUGCUCCAUAGAUCAGCUCACCACCAUGCUGGAGAACGGGGAUAGCCAAAAGGCCCGCUUCUACUUCCCUGCAUUCCGCUUCAUCGAGCAGCAGAAUGAGACCAUCUCCACCUACUACCUGCAUUGCAUUACCCGACUCUGUGAGCGCAGCACCUGCAGUACCUUCAAGCAAUGCAACAGGAAGAGGAGGAGUGUGGAGACCACGGUUGUCCAGGAGAGCAUCACUGAGCCGUCUGUGCUCACAGUGGCUAUAAGGGCAAAGACAGAGAACCCCAUUCACUCCAAAGAAGAGGCGCUGUCUGGUGGCCAGUCUGAUGGCAAGGGCGCGUCUGUUGGCCUGGGAAUUGCUGUGGCUGUCCUCAUUGUGAUUGGGGUGGCAGCCAUUUUGACUGCGGCAUCUUUUUAUCGAAAACUGAAGCGGCUAAGCUAGCAGGAGUCCAUAAUUUUGAUGAACAGAGGUCGGCACAGGCUUGCAUGACAUAAUGAGUUUGACAAGUUGACAUUCACAUACUGGUGGGGGUGCACAAUGUAUGUAUGAAGGACUCUGUUGUACUGAAUCAAACUAUUGAUUGGAGCACUUAAUUUUUAUUUCCAAUCCUUCAGAGACUGUUAGAAGUUAUUGAAGGUGAAGUCUGAAUAAUGUACCUGUUAUGCUGCACUGCAUGGUAAAAAGAAAGAAAGAAAGAAAGAAAGAAAAAAUUACGGUGCCAUCCUAAAGGAAUAGUUCGACAUUGCAAGAAAUACGCUUAUUUGUUUUCUUCUUCUGGUCCCGGCCAAGAAUUAGUCUAAUAAUUCCCUAUAAAAAGGCAAAUCCUCAGCUUUGCCUUUUGUUCUUGUACAAAUUAAAGUGUUAAAUGGGAAUCUUUAGAUGUGCUGCUAGCUGAACUUUGUUGCAGAGCCAGGCUAGCUUUUUCCAGUCUUUAUACUAAGCUAAGCUAAACUGACUGGACACCGACUUCAAUUACUCUUGUAGAUGUGAUAAGCGUUGAUCUUUUUACCCAGCUCUCUGCAAAAAAGUGUAUUUUUCUUAAAUGAACUUUUCCUUUAAAGGUCCAGUGUGGAGGGUUUCAGGGAUUUAGAGGCAGGAAUAGAAUGCAAUAACAGAAGUAUAAUAUGAUAUGAUAUAAAAUGGCACGAAACUAAGAAACAUUGUGUUUUCAUUGCCUUAGAAUACGCCUCUACAGUCCACCAUAUCACACAGCCUGAUUUAUACUGUAGCCCAGAAUAGACAAACCAAACACUGGCUCUACAACAGGCCUUAAGCCUUUUUUUCUGCAUCUUUUGUAUUUUUAGUGGCCAUAAUAGUGGAACGUGAGACAAGGGGUGUUCAGAUGGUUGCAAUCUGUAUCCGCACCACUAGAUGCCACCAAAUCCUACACACUGGACCUUUAACUUACAACUGGAGGCUAAACAAAAAAAAGUUAUGGCAAUGAACUGUAAUCCUUACAUUUUUGUGUGACAUUAAAUUUAGUUUAUUGUCAGUGAGUAAAUAUUCUUUGAUUCACGUACAUCUUGUUCAUCCUACACACAGUCCACAAAUAAAUAUUCACAUCUGUGUCUAAAUCAUGAACAGUAAAUGACGCAGACAGUUGACUGCACUCUUGAUGGUUCAACAAGCAGCACAGAUUAUUUUGCGCAAGCCGGACCUGACAUGUUGCAUGUUAUAUGUAGAAACGCAUGAGUAAGUAAUUAAAAUGUAGAUGCAAGAGGAAUCAUUGCCCUGCAUUCAGAUAUGCAGGUUUUCAAUCCAGAGGUGUCACAUGAAAUGCAACAAUGCCAUGUGAAUGAGCGGGUGAAUUUAGUUAUUUAUUUGUAUCGCUUGCUUGUUUGAAUUAUGUAUUCAAGCCAGCUUUAUUUCAGGGGAAUUUAGUUAGUUCUGAUGCUUGUAAUAAUGCAUAAUAUACUGCGGCAACUGUUCUGAGGAAGUUUGUAUUUUUCCACGAAGUGAUUGCUGCUGUGUACA